GCUUCUAUUGGGGGUGGAAUGCUUCACCGUUAUUUUAGAGAGCAGUUGCGAAAUAUGCGCCCAUAACGACCUUCAUGACUCCCCUUCACCAUCCUCCUUUGAUCUUUCACCUUCUUCAUCCCAUAGGGAAACAGAAGAAACGGAACAACAAUGAGUUUCCGCGAUGAUACCACCGCUGAUGAUGGGCUUCGAAAGCCCUUACUUCAUACCGGCAGCUGGUAUCGUAUGAGUUCCCGGCAGUCCAGUAUGAUGGGCUCUUCGGCCCAAAUCCUUCGCGAAUCCAUCUCUAUUUAUCUCUGUGUCCUCAUUGUUGCAUUAGGCCCUAUUCAACUUGGCUUUACCUGUGGUUACUCUAAUCCUACCCAGUCCGAAAUCACCACCGACCUUGGACUUACCAUUUCUGAGUUCUCAGUCUUUGGAUCAUUAGCAAAUGUUGGCGCAAUGAUUGGCGCAAUUGCAAGCGGUCAAAUAUCGGAAUACAUUGGACGAAAAGGGACACUAAUGAUUGCAUCAAUUCCAAAUAUUAUUGGAUGGCUCGCUGUUUCAUUUGCCACGGAUGUCUCAUUUUUGUAUAUGGGAAGAUUGUUGGAAGGUUUCGGUGUCGGCAUUAUUUCCUAUGUGGUGCCAGUAUAUAUAGCAGAGAUUUCACCUAAAAACAUGAGGGGAGUCCUUGGAUCCAUUAACCAGCUCUCUGUAACAGUGGGGAUAAUGCUAGUAUAUCUGUUGGGAUUAUUCGUAAGCUGGAGAGUGCUUGCAGUUUUAGGAAUGUUGCCAUGCAUGAUUUUGAUACCUGGUCUAUUUUUUAUACCUGAGUCUCCUCGUUGGUUGGCUAAAAACGGGCUUAAUGAAGAUUUUGAAACUUCUUUGCAAGUUCUACGAGGAUUUGACACAGAUAUAUCAACAGAAGUGAAUGAGAUCAAGAAAUCUGUGAAAUCGUCAACUAAAAAAGUUACCAUUCGGUUUUCUGAGCUUAAGAGACGGCGAUAUUACUAUCCUUUGCUGGUAGGUAUUGGACUGCUCGCACUCCAGCAACUCAGUGGAGUUAAUGGUGUUUUAUUCUAUUCCAGUAACAUUUUCAAAUCUGCUGGAAUUCAUUCCAAUAAAGCUGCAACAUUUGGUAUCGGGGCUAUUCAGGUCAUUGUCACUGGUAUUUCUGCAUCACUGGUGGACAAGGCGGGACGCAGGCUACUCCUGAUUGUAUCCUCAUCCGUAAUGACCGCCAGCAGCUUCCUUGUUGCAAUGGCAUUCUUCCUGAAGGAGUUCACGCCAGAAAAUUGGCAUUCAUUCUUUGCAGUAUUGUCUCUGGUUGGACUUGUGGUUUUGGUGAUGGCAUUUGGUAUAGGAUUGGGAUCCAUCCCUUGGAUCAUAAUGUCUGAGAUUCUGCCGGUAAGCAUCAAAAGUCUAGGUGGCAGUGUUGCAACUCUGGCAAAUUGGUUUUCAGCAUGGCUUGUUACAAUGACAGCAAAUUUGCUUUUAACUUGGAGUAAAGGAGGAACAUUUGCUAUCUAUGCACUGAUAUCAGCUUUUACGGUGGUCUUCGUGAGGCUUUGGGUUCCAGAAACCAAAGGGAAAACACUGGAAGAAAUUCAGCAGUCCUUCAGAUGAUACAGAAUAAAUUUGCAGUAAGACGAUUAAAUGGAACAAGUGAUGCAAUUCCAGCCUGACAGAAAACUUGUUUUGUUCCACAUUUACCAUGUACCACUAUAUAUUGUCUUGUCCAAGAAGUUUUUCUUGUGUCAAGAGACUUCUAAUGCAUGUGGACCAAAAAUAUGCAAUUUGCAAUAUAUAUUUGUAUUAA